CAUGUGCCUCAUCUAUGGAAGCAGAACAAGGUGGCGCAAUUUGUAGAUCCGCGACUACAAAGCCAUGACAAGGAUGAAGUAAUGAGGACGAUCAACAUUGGGAUCAUAUGUACGAGUCGUGCAUAUGCUGACAUGUCACCGAUGUUAGCAGUAGUUAGCAUGUUAGAGUGUCCUCUAACCGCAGAAGUCGAAGCGCACAUGACAGUUCUUAGUGAUGAGGAGCAUGCUCUGCAUGUGUUGAGGAUGAUUGCGGAGAUUGACGAAGAAUUCGAAUCACAGGAGAUUACAUUGACUUUAGAAAGGUAUCAUAUUUCGAGAAAAGGAAAAGAGAAUGUUUCUUAUAAUUAUUUUCCAUCGAAACUGAGACGAGUAGCGCUAGAGCUGAGAGAAAAGAAAGAUGAAAAAUCUCUAUGCAUUGAUUCUUACACAAUUAACUUUAUCACCUUUCAACAUUGUAAAAUAUUUUCAAUUGAGAGUCAGAUUAUGUAUUUUUAUUUAGAAACAAAAGCAAUUGAAAGAUAG